CCACACAUACCAAACCUCACAAACUCAUUUCAAACCCUCUUCUUAGUUUGCCUCCCAAAAAAAAAACACUUAGCGCCCCUCCUCGCGGCAACACGAUGCUCACCACAGCACACAGCCGGCAGCAUCAUCACGCCUUCGAGAAGAGCCCUAGCAGCCACAUGAAGAACCUCGACAGGAAGCUGCAGCAGGCCAUGAGCAAUGCGACCAGCAAGUACAUGCAGAGGAUCUACCCUCUGGGCAUCCAGAGGAGCAGCUCCAACCUCACAUUGUCGUCGCUCUCCCUGUCGCAGAACUCCAACGACUCCUCGCUCAGCAGCUCCAACUCCAGCUGGGAGCCCAAGGUGCCGCUUCUGUAUGGCGGCACCUUCAGCCCCUGGGGCGAUGUGCUGGUGUCUCUGGAGAUGAGGAGAGAGGAGGACGACAAGGCCAGCGACCACGACGUUGAAGGGGGUGAGGACUUCGAUUGCAGCGAGCCGGGGAGCUUGCAUAGGUGCAGCUGGAUCACCAAGAACAGUGAUGAGGCGUACGUUCAGUUCCACGACGAGUGCUGGGGCGUCCCCGUGUACAGCGACAAGUAUUUACCGCCACAUUUCUCCUCGAAUUUACCUGUAACAGUUACAUUACUGCAGUCCCAGAUUUCAGUUCUUCAUCCCGGCCAUCUCCGUGGUGAUUUGCAGCCGCCUCUUCGAGCUUCUGUCGCUGUCCGGGAUGCUCAUAGACUACAACUGGACCGAGAUACUCAAGAGGCGAGACAUGUACAGGGAGGUGUUCGCCGACUUCGACCCCAGCACGGUGGCCAAGAUGGACGAGGACGCCGUCGCCGAGAUCAGCGGCAACAAGGAGCUCAAGCUGGCCGAGUCCAGGGUCCGGUGCAUCGUCGAGAACGCCAAGUGCAUCCAGAAGGUGGCCAAGGAAUUCGGGUCGUUCAGCGGGUACAUGUGGGGGCACGUGAACCACCGGCCGGUGGUGGGCAAGUACAGGCACCACAAGUACAUCCCGUUCCGGACGCCCAAGUCGGAGGCGGUGAGCAAGGACCUCGUCCGCCGGGGCUUCCGCCUCGUCGGCCCCGUCAUCGUCUACUCCUUCAUGCAGGCAGCCGGCAUGGCCAUCGACCACCUCGUCGACUGCUUCCGCUUCCCGGAGUGCGUCCGCCUCGCCGAGCGAUCCUGGGGCAUCACCAACAUCGCCGCGUAGCCGCCGGCCGGCCGGUCGUCGGAGGCGUGCUCGGUCGCUCGGCGCUCCAUUUUUUUUUUUUUUACACCUUCUGGUGUGACUUCCUUCAAGUGUGUGUGAACUGUAAAGUAGUACAGUAAAUGCUAAGUUAUGAUGUGAUAAUUUUAUUCUCUUUCCUCCAA